ACGAUGCCAGAUCCGGCAGUGACGUCAUCCAACGGCCGUCCUAAGAAGUUUAUUACGUUUAUCAGACUGCGUUGAUUCAGUUUAUUACGUUUAUUUGACUGGGUUAAUUACGUUUAUUUCACUGAAGGGUAACACAAUUAUUCAAAAAAACAGCGCCUCUGUUUGUUAACAACGAGGCGCUGUUUGAAUAUACUUCAUAGGACGGCUGACAGAUGACGUCACGGUGGGAUCACCUGUCCCCGACGCGUUGACGUGUUCCUUUGACACCAAACUAUCUUGUCAGUCACUUAUUUCUGAUCUGCACCGUAGGACGAUGGCCUCCAGUGUGCCGGGCCGCCGGCUGGUGGCCUGCCUCCUCAACGUGUCCGAGGCUCGGAGGAAGGACCUGGUGGAGAUGGUAGCCAUGGCCGCCGUCUACAAAAGCAAAGGUGAGCUGCGGGAGGGGGCGACGGUGCUGAACAUCUUCAACGACCUGGACUACAACCGUUCCGUCAUCACCAUCGUGGCGGGCAUCGACUCCGUCAGGGAGGCGGUGCUGUCUGCGUGCGAGGCCGCCUGUGGGUUGAUUGACAUGCGGGCUCACAUCGGAGCCCACCCCCGCAUGGGGGCAGUGGACCUGAUCCCCAUCUACCCCCUGGACGAGGCGCUGGGCCUGGACGACUGUGCUGCAGAGGCUCAAGCCAUCGCCCGGGGCCUCACGGAGCGGGUCCCUGGCUCCAGUGCCUUCCUGUUCGGUUGGGCGGACUACCCCCUGCAGCGCGGCCUGGCCCAGAGGAGAAGGGACAUGGGCUGGUUCAGCAAGACCCCCCACAUGCACGCCGUCAUGGCCGACUUCGGGCCCCCGCCACAGAGACGCUACGGCCUCACAGGCGUGGGCGCGGGGCCCUACGUGAUGAACUGUAACGUGACCAUCGACACGGCGGACCUGGCCCUGGGCCGCCGGGUGGCCGCCGCCCUGAGGGAGUCGGCCCCCGGGGGCGUGCCCGGGGUGCAGGUGCUGGCCCUGCCACACGGAGGCGGCGUGGAGAUCGCCUGCAACGUGGAGAGCGUGCGCGGCGGCCCGCCCGCCGGCCACGGCCCUGGGGCGGAGCGGGAGGCGUGGCCCACGUUCAGCAUCGGCGGGGAGCGCUACUGCCACGCCCCGGCCUCGCUCAUCACGGCCAGGGUGGGGGCGCUGGCCGGCCAGCAGGGGGUGGGCCUGAAGGGCACGGCCCUGGUGGGCUUCACCCCCACCCAGUGCAGGGGUCUGGCGGAGAGGGCGCUCUCGCUGGGCCUCGGAGAGUUCUGGAAGGAGCAGCGCGGCGGCGGUGGGCUCCGCAUGUGAGGGAAGGACCAGCCCUCAUUAGGCUGGCUGAGACGGGCCUCCGGUUCUCAUGGGAUGAUGUAAGAGGGCUUAUGUAAUUGUCAUAUCAUUAUACAAAGUGGUUAUGUAAUUAUGCAAAACGUAUUCAAUGGUGGCCUGUUUCUCUUCUAGGAAGGAAUGUUCAGACUGCACUAUGAUUCAGUAGUAUUUAUCUCAUGUGUUUCCUAUUGUUUUAAAUUGUUUUUUAAUUUUGUAUUAUUUGAGAUUCCAUGUCUUAAAACUGGAUUGGACUUUAAAGACGAUUCCUAACUAACCAAUUUACCUUAUUCCCUGUUAACACAUGGAUCCUCCACUAACUAACCAAUCUACCUGAAUCCCUGUUAACACAUGGAUCCUCAUGUGUGGACAUGGUGAUGCGAAAAGACAACUCUGAGCUUUUAUAUAAAAUGGAUGUGUUUAAUGUGGUGAAGUUUAAUAAAUGUUAUCAUCAA